UCCUGAGAUCAGGGCUUCUCUCAAACCGGCCACCUCUUCUUUCAUUUAAUUCUUUUGCUUUUUGGAUGGAAAACUCCAUGAACACUAUGAGCAAGCCCACUUCUUCCAAUCAAAGAACCUCUCAUGAGUACUCUUCAGAGGAGAGUGGUUGGACUGUGUACUUCGAGGAUUUCUCAGAUCACAAAACAAGCAACGAACACAUGAGUAAUUGCUCCCCUGGUUCUGAGACCUCUUCUCUGGUUUCCGAUGCUGCUUCCUUGGCCAGAAAAAGGUCUGACAGGAGUGAACAAUUAGGUGCUGGCCGGGGCUCGUCUAUGGUUAAAACUAGCAAGAGAUCGUUGAGCUUCAAGAAAAGGAAAAGAACAGGCCGAGCUUUGGUUGAAAAUGCAUUAGUGGAUACUGCUAGUUCUCGUAUUAACAUGAGUCACAAGGUAUGUGAUAUGAAUGAUGAGAUGGAUAUGGAUGCUGAGCGAAAUGAUACUGAUCAUGCAAACAUAUCUCAGGAGAAAGUUGUUGGCACUUCAGGACAGAUAGAUGAGAGAAGUGAAGUGCGUUUUGUUGGAAGAGACAGCGAUUGCACAGAAUUGAAGAAGAAGGGCCUUUGCUUAGUUCCUUUGUCUAUGAUAGUGAAUUAUCUUCGAUGAUUCCAUUCAUGCAGUUUAAUCAUCCUUAAUUAAUAUAUCAUUGCAUGCAUAGCUCUCUCCCUUCUCUUUCUGCUGCAUGAACAAAUUAAUGCCUGCAGAGAACUAUAUAUGAUCUAUUACUGAAUCAUGUUGUAAUGAAACUGAAGAACAGUUUUAUAAAGUGCUUUGUAUGCAUUUUUUUUUCUUUU